GCUUUCAGUAUUCGACUGAUAAUUUGUGGGUCUAAUUCACUGUUUUGGCUGAGCAAGAUUAUAUAGUAUUUGCAAAGUGUAACUUGUGCCCCUCCUUUCCUCUUGUGUGUGUGUGUGCGCGCGUUGUGUGAAAAGGAGUAGAGAUUCGUAAUCUUAGCUGGUUGGGUUGUGAUGAAGCUUAUGGUGAAAUAUGUGUUUUCAAAGGGAAUGAGUGCGUUGUUUGAUAAGGAUAAAUAGGCCUACGACCUGCAGAGCAAUCGCAAGGAAAUGUCUGCCUACGGACAUGAAAUGGAGCGGGAAUACUCUGCUCAAAGUCUUUCGACCAGAGGAAGUUCGGAAAUGGGAAGCCAUUAUACUACCGAGGCAGGAAUAUACAUGUCAGCUUCUGCUGCUACAGUCUUUAUUUCUGGGCUUGUUACAGUUGGGAUAUCAGUAGUUUCGUUGCUGAUUGCAUUGACAGUGAUGUUAAAUUCCUGCCAAAGUAGGAAUUCUGGAGUUCUUGAGAUGUACAGAAAUACACAUGAUUAUGAUUAUUGCAGGAAUUUUGCCCUGCAUGCAGAGCUGAACAGCUUAGGUGCAGACCUUUUCCCUGAAAUUUGCAAGGAUAUCAAUAUACAGUAUAUCAAAGAAGGACAAUACAAGAGAGAUUUGAAUAUUACAGUUGGCAUUGCUGAGGGCUUCUUUAGCAGUUUGAGACCGCAAAAUGAUGGUCGAGAUGUUGUUCUGAUGGAUGCCGAUGACUUGUUGGGUUCAGAAACUUUGGUUGUUAAUGACAUGAGGAUCAAGAAAGAUAAUUUGCAUGGAAGCAUCAGAGAUGCAAAUUAUUUGAAACACAUUUUUGCCAUGAAGUUGUGCUUGAAACUCCAAUCCAGCAGAUGGCCGUUGAUUUUGUUCUCAAGGAGACCUGAGAAACUGAGAAACACUACUGUAGAGCAUCUUAUGUCCAUGAGAUGUCAUGGUUGGUCUUCACUUAUCAUGAGAAUAGAUGAUGAAAUGCUAAUGGACUUUCAAGAAUUUCUGUCAAGACGAAGGACAAUGCUGCAACGAGAGGGCUUCCACAUCACGUCUGUGAUUAGCAGCCAGAUGGAUGCUCUAAGUGGCCGAUACUCAGGCGAUCGGGUUUUCAAGCUUCCAAACCCUUUUUUCCAAUACAAUAUGGAAGAUCACAGUGAAAUUCACCCAAUUCAGACGAGUAAGUUAUUGCCAAACGAAGUGUAAUCUCAUUCUUUCGCAUCAAUAAGUGCAAAAUUUUGAUUUUUACUCAAGUUAUGCAUAUUAUUUGCCCAUGAACAAUUCAACACUGUUGUAGUUUUUGUCUCUGAUGUGUACAUACAUGGCCAACUCAGGCUAUAUAUAAUCUUUGUAUAAUCCUGUAUUUGUAGUUUGAUUGCAUGUAAUGAGUUGAAACUUGGAAGUGUGGUGCAGAAAAUUCUUCCCUUGCAUGUA